UGAAUUUUGUGUUACAUUUUUCAACAACUGUUAAACUGUAACAGUCAGACAUUAAACAGUUACAUGUGAUUAAUCUGCUGCUGUGUGAGUUUCAGUAAACAGGAUGUGCAGAUGUCUCUGAAGCAUUUCCUGUUUAUAAUCACAGGUCAGAAAUAACUGAAGAUGUCCUGUUCUGUGUUUAUGACCUGAAUGAAGGGAAACAGGUUUUAAAUGAUAUAUAAGAUCAUUUUAUCUAAAUAUUAUAAAUAUUGCAAUUAUUACUAUUCUUUUUGUUUAACAAGUAUUUUUAUUAUUUUAGUUUUGUAUUCUUAUUCAUUUUUGUUUUUUAUAUUCAUUUUUAUUAAUAUUUUCAUUCAUUUUAAUUAUUAUGAUGAUGAUGAUGAUGUUGACGCAAUGUGUGUUCCCGCCCUGGGUUUGGUCUGUAAGGAGGAGUCGGCUCUAAAGCCUCCCCCCCGCUCUCAGAGAACAGAACAGAAGGAGAGAGACAGCAACACGGUAGGACUGUCUGUGAGAAUCAUCAUGAGGUCUGUAACGGUCUUGCUGUCUCUAUUGGUGCUGGUCCUGGUGUCGGUCCCGGUGGGGGGGGCGCCGGGUUGCGGCCCUUGUGAUAAGGCCCAGUGUGCGGCCCUGCCAGAAGGGGGGUGUGGAGGAGGAGGGGUCCUGCUGGACGCAUGUGGCUGCUGCUCGCUUUGCGCCACUGUUGAGGGCGAACCAUGCGGCGGCCGCCGUGCUACCGCGCUCCGCCGCUGCGGUGCCGGGCUGGAAUGCGUGAGAGGCGGCGCAGACAAGAAGAAGGCGAGCGGGGUCUGCGUCUGCAAGAGCGACUACCAGGUGUGCGGCUCCGACGGGUCCACCUACAGCAGCGGCUGCAGCCUGAAGGCAGCCAGCCUGGCAGCCCAGGGCCAGGGCAAAGAACCCAUCAGUCUGAAGAAUAAGGGACGCUGCGCCUCAGCCCCAGUGAUCGUCACCCCCCCUGGUCAGGUGUACAAUGUGAGCGGCUCUCAGGUGUAUCUCAGCUGUGAGGCGGUCGGCGUCCCAACACCGGUCCUCACCUGGAAGAAGGUCGUCGGUGUGAGGAAGAAGAUGGAGCUUCUUCCCGGAGACAGAGACAACCUGGCCAUCCAGACGAGAGGCGGGCCCGAGAAACACGAAGUGACCGGCUGGGUGCUGAUCUCUCCUCUGACCAAAGAAGAGGAAGGGUCGUACGAGUGUCACGCCGCCAACGCCAGAGGAGAGGCGUCCGCGGUUGGAGCGAUUCAUCUCGUCGAGUCCAUCGACGACAUCGUCCGGACAGUUUUCACACUUGGGACAGAAAGCAGACGCAUCCCAGAAGACCUGAGACUCCUGGAUGGUUGAUCAUUUGGCAGGAGAUCGUUAAAGUAUUUUGGGCCUAACCCAUGUGAUGCUUUAAAAACCAGCAGCAGUAUUUUAAAAUCAAUUCUUUGACCGACAGGAAGCCAGUGUAGAGAUUUCAGAACUGGAAUGAUGUGGUCCACUCCCUUAGUGUUAGUGAGGACUCGAGCAGCAGUGUUCUGAAUAAGCUGGAGCUUUCUGUUAGAUUCUUUUU